UUACAUUUCUUCAAAUGCAUUUGUUCCGUGGCUGCGAUUUUUUCCGGUGAAAAGAAAAAUUUGUGUAUUAUUCGUGUAGUUUUGUAAACAAAUAAAAGCAAAUGUUUAAAGCAAACUCUAUUGAAUGAGUGCAACUAAAAUUCAGUGAAAAGUGUCGCAUAAUGGAAAGUAAAAAGGAUAUCUACAAUUUGUGGGUGCAGUACACGACCAAGAAUGACGAGUCCUAUUUUCGUGAAUUCAUUCAACGUUUUGUAAACAUCUGGAAGAGCCAAUUGCCGGUGGAUUUUACGAGUGAUGAUCUGCCGCUGUGGCAUGAAGUGCGUCCGGAUAAUGGUCCACAUCUGGGACGUCUACCGGAUGAGUUGUUACCAGCUAUUGGAAAAUUUAUUAUAAUCGCGCGCGAUGCUAGCGAAAAUGGCCCUUUGGACGAUGAGCAAUUACUUCAGAUUGCGGUGCUGGUUGAUUGCUUGGUGAUAAUUUGUCGACAUUUUGAUAAUAUUUUGGCUGUUAUAAAAUAUGAGUAUAAAUCGAAUUUGAUUGCUAUAUUGGCGAAUACUUUCAAAGAGUGUAUGUCUCGCCAGCAAGCUUCAAUGCAAGUAAAUCAUCUAUUUCGCAGCUUUUCACAAUUUCUAGAAGUAAUGUAUGAUCCUUAUUUGACUUGGCGUAGCUUCUUGCGUGGUGUCUAUGCAGAUUAUCAUAAAAUACCAUAUAAGCCGCACACAGUGCAUGUGGAAAUUGUGCCCUUCAUUUAUGAUUGUUUCCAAAACGAGGGAAUCACAAAAUUCCCAACUAUUGGAGAAUGUCUAGUGAAUGCGUUAGGUGCUGUUAUAUGUGGAUCACAGAAAUCGCUAACAUCUAUGACUACCAAAAGUACAACAAAUUGUGGUGAAGGGCAAGAAAUCUGUGAUAAUUUGCGUAACGGAAUGCGCGCCAUUUGCCCUGCUACUGUUUCGGUUAUUAUGAAAAUCAUCUCUCAAUGGGAAAGUGCCAGCGAGUUGCGUGCAGUUUCACUGAAAUGCUGUGCUUUAAUGGUUAUUGUAUUACAAAAAUCUAGUCCAGAAGAACGCCAAAUAGAUUUAGUUACUUUAAUACAACUUUACUGUGAUGCUCUACAAGCGCUACUAACUACCGAUAAUUUCGUAAGCGGCAAUGGCGCUACUUUUGAAAUCGCCAGCGAUGAUGAAGCAAGCGAUGCAAUUGUGGAUGUUAAUGCGCUUGCCGCUACAGUGGAAAAUGUGUGUCUUUUCCUCGCCGAUGGUGUAAAAGCGCAUAUUAUUUGUGAAGCUAUUGCCGAUACAACGCUUGUAGAUGCGUUAAUAAGCAUUCCAAAGCAUAUCAAGGGCUGGAAUAUGAAUUAUGCGCCCAUAUUAUGUGCUACAACAAAAGCAUUAGCGGUGAUUACACGCAAUUCACCUGACAUUGCUGAGCAUUUGCGUGUGUACGAUAAAAUAGAGAAAUUUUUUAAGAGCCUGAAAGCAUUAGCAGUACCUACGGAUACACUAUUGGAUGCAUGUUUCAAUAUGGCCUACAAUGAACAAACCAAUUUGAUGGUGCUACCGGAAGUUGUGGUGAAACUAAUCGAAUGGCUGCCGGAAAUGGAUGAGCGUGCACAAAUUUAUCUUAGUGAUGUGAUACUACGUGGCUGUACCAGCAAUUAUGCGACUAAAUCAGCCGCUUGUGAUAAUCGCACCAUUAAAGCUGUUUGUGAGUGCUUGCAUCAGUAUGAAAAACUCGCCGAAAGCUGCAUACAAAAUUUCAUUAAACUUAUUGAAGAACUAAGCAAAGUUAGUAUCAUUCCCAUUGAGUUGAAACGUAUUUUUAGUCUGUUGCGCGAAGAAAGCGGGUUUCCACAAUCAAAGCAAUUAUUACAAACGCUAGUCAUCUGCUCAUUGCAAAGUCUUACGAAUAGCAAUAUUUGCACGCAGUUCUUUACUAUCAAUGCGUCGAAUGAUGGCAUUAUGGUGCCUGAUAUUAAAAAUUGGUCAAUGUCUGGCUCAUAUGGUUUCAUUUUUCAUAUACUUGUAAGGCUACAAGAGAAGCCAGACACAUUGAGCAAGAGAGGUGAUAAAAGCGCUGUGGCUGCAAAGGACAGCGAUCGUCCAAAUUGUCGACGCAUGUUACUUAAUUUGCGCACUGCCAGCCACACUGGAUUUGAGGUUUUCAUACAGAACAGCGGCAAUUUGGUUGUGGCAGCAUUAACGCGUCGCGAAUAUCUUACAUCGGUAGUACAUACAAAAACACUGCUCGACGGGCAAUGGCAUUAUGUUACUGUUGCUAUCACACCUCCCAAACGUCCAUUUUCCUAUAGUCAAAUAAAUGUUUACAUUGAUUUCAUGCAAAAGUUGAGUGCUACGCUGAAAGUGCAAGCCAUUAGUGAGCCUUUCAAUUUUUGCUCAAUUGGCUCGGCAGCAGUACCAAUGCGUGGCCAUCAAGCCGAACAUCAUACGUCCAGUGCUACAGGUUCUCCUUUACCGCGUUCAUCAUCACAAGAAACGGGUAGUUCAUACAAAGGCGUAUUGCCAAGUCUACUCGAACGCACAUUAUCAACUAAUGUUUCUAAUUAUUUUACACUACCACUACGCACACAGACAUCAUUCGAUCCGAAUGUGAAAAAUUUUCCCAUCGGCAUGCAAGACACUGUGUUUGGCGAGCAAACUUGUCUGCGUGGUCAGGUAGGCGCUGUUCUCUUAGCAGAACCUACCACAAAUAUUAAAACGAUAUUCGAUGCGGGCAUACAUUUCCCAUCGAUAUUCUCGCAAGACAAUGAUUUGCUCGAGCUGACAUCGCGUUUUGUAUUCUGUUAUGCACCCGGUGGUUAUUGGAGCGAAAGUUGUCAAGAUCUUAUACCAGGCGGCCGUUUUCCAUCGCUCAUAAACGCACAUCACUGCGCAAUAGUUAAGAUACAGGAUACUAUCAAUAGUAUAGGUGGCGUACAAGCUAUAUUGCCGAUUUUGCAUCGCCUUGUAAAGCAACAAGAUGAUUUUUCAUUGUCCAGCAUAGACGGAAAUGAUUCGCUGGGUAGCGGCGAGCAGUUACGUACACCAACUGCAGAUGAAUUCUCUGAUUGGGAAAUGCUGUCAUCAAAUUCGUACACUGAAUGGAAAAUGAUACAGUUCCCUGUCGCCAGCUUCAUCUGCUUCCUGCGCUAUCUAACUCACAGUCAUGAUAACAACCAGGAGAAUAUGCUCAAUAGCGAAUGUUUGUCCAUGAUUGGCGCCAUGUUGCAGAAAUGUUCACCCAGCUUGUUCGAUGUAAAUGCACUCAUGGCGACACAUCUUUUCAUAGAAUCACUGCAGGGACAAAAAGCGGAGAGUGGAAAUUCGCACGGAAAUUCGACGCUGCUAGACGUGCUAUACACGGAUAUCGCUUUCAAUUUUCACAUUUGGGCGCGCAUGAAUUUCCAAAUAACGCUUGGACAUGUGCAGUAUCUGAGUGCUAUGAUCAAAAAUGAUCGCAAGUAUUUUCGAAAGAAAUUUGGCGUACAAUUCUUCUUGGAUGUGGUACGCGACCAUUAUACUGCACCGGAUAGUAUAACGCCAGAAGAUGCGAAGACCAUACGCGCCACACUGUAUGCUAUUGUGCGCUUUUACCUGCAAAAAGAUGUGAAUAUUAAAGAGAUUUCGACAAUGGUUGCAUUCCUGGCAUCAGUGCGACAGGAAAUUGUGCUAAUCGAGUUUUUGGAGAUGCUAACAUUCCAUGUUAAGGGUAAAAAUUGCAGAGAUCAAAUGAUUUUGCUGCUGCACGAGCCACAAACCGCCAAUUUGCUUUAUAAUUAUUUUGUGGAUAAGAGCUAUAGCACAGAGGUGCAAGAGGCGUCUAUUCGAUUCAUCAACAGCUUGCUUAGCACUUCGCGCGUAAAUCAAAAAUACAAACAAAUACUGCGUCUGCACGAUAACGCUAGCGACAGCUCGCUUUUUCCUGGUUUUUUCUCCUACACCAUACCAAUGACGCUAAGCUCUACUAUUCUCUUUCAUUUAGUUGAUGAAAUGUUGAGCGGCGAAGCUGAUUACGCGGGCAUUGUUUUCCUUGUGCACCACAUCAGCACUUGUGAGUUGCCGGUUAAGUUGGAAAUAGCUAAGCGUCUACUACAAACAACAUUUGUUAAGCAAAACUCACCACAGGCAAUAGCUAAGCAAUCGGGUUGGCAGGAGUCUAUAGCGCGCCUAUUGAUACACAAGCCAAUAACGAAUGUGAAGCCUGAUGAAGAGAAGCGCAAGAGUUUCGGCAUUAGUUUGGAUGUGCUUUUAGAAGAUAAUAAUGAUUUUGCGAAUCAAUCGGAUUUAAUUACAUUCGCUGAACAACAAAUGGAGUUGGAUCAAUUGGCCAAGCAGCAAGUUGAUGAGCAAACUGACGGCGGUUUGAUAUUGAAUGAAAUACAAGCGAGCGUCACUGAGGCAGCUAAUGUGAUUGAAAGCGAAAUUAAAGAGCUCGCCGAAUCGGUUUCUGGUGCUGUUGUGGAAAAUGUUUCGUCAGUUUUUUCAGUUUUACGUCAAACUACGCACGAUAUUCAAGAUACUUUCGAGUCACUGGCUUUAGGUGGUACGACUGACGCUGAAACAACGAGUCUUUCCCGACAGCGCACUGAAUCUAUAAGUUCAGAUAGUUCAACACAAUCACCAAAACGCAGUGUAAAGAAAUCAGAUGCAGAAAACAAAACGACAGCUAGCUUUGAAUUUCCACCCGAAGCAGAUGUGGAUAGUGAAGAACAACUUGUAUACUUGGUCUCAAAUAUACUAUUCACCGUUUUCUGGCGCGGCGUUCCCAAUGAGCAUCCACAAUGUUGGAAGGAGCGCGGACAAGUGCUUGGCUGCAUAAAUUUGCUUGCGCUCAACAAUGAUUUAGUUACAUCUCAUUUAUCAUUGCGUCUGCGCAUACUUGAAAUGGCCGUGCAGGCCUCACUCUUCGACCUGUCAGAGAAUGGCAAUCAAACGCUGAUCAACCAAGAGAAUGCCUCACAAAUUCUACGCAUGGUCUAUGAUCUGGUCGUGCUCGGUUCGAAUGAGGAUGAAUCAAAGAAAUGUUCAACAAAGUUGUUGGAUGGCGUUUUAGCUCUCUUGGAUGCUUUGAUGAUUUUCCAGCAGGGCUCUUCAGACGAUUGGUCUGACAUGAUACGUUUGUGCUUGGGUUUGUUACUCAAAUGUUCUUAUCACCCAAAUCCGGGUGUAGUUGCAAUGGCCACGGCUAAAUUGCAUGCAAUUUUACAAAGUCGCAGCACAGAAGAUCCCAGUGAGUUGGCAUAUCUGUUGUUCAGCAUUAAUCGAGCACUGGAUAAUGCAAUUGAAGUUGGCAAUCCCGAAGAAUAUUCAUUUUUGAUGCCUGUUAUGAAAGCUUUGUUGGAGAAAUGUCGCAAAGUUUUUAAUUUGGAUACAAACUUACCUGACUUACCGCCUACCUCAUCGGGCCCAGUGUUCUUCAACGAUUUUCAAAUGUAUAGCACAAGCAGAAAGUGGCGAAAUUUUAUCGAACGUAUCGUCAAACCCCUACAUGAUGUGUAUCAACGCGAAAUCGAACUCAACCUUUGGGAGCCCAUCAAUCGUUAUUGGGCUGAAUGUUAUGAAGCCUGCAAGGCAGCCUCUAAGCGGCGCGGCACUUAUCAAGCUGAUAAUCGGCGAAUAUUCAAUCAAAAAAUUGUAAUGCCGUGGAAAGUGCGACAAUUAAUAUGCAACACACGCUAA